AUUGAAGACGAGGUUUUGGAAAACUUGGGAUCAUCCUGAACUUUUCCUUUUUCUAAAAGAUUGAUCCAUCAACAUGGAAGAAAUCCCACCACCGAACCAGACCCAGGAUGAAGACAGAAACGGCCAUGAACAUGAAGAGUUCAGUACUCUAGUUGUCGUUGAAUUUAAGUCUUCUAUAGACCCAGCUUGUGUGGAAUGGUUCUUGUCCAAAGUUGACGCUUCCCGCAGCAACGAUGGAGCAGAGAUGCAAGCACAGAUAGCUGCUGACGAGGAAGGAAAGGAUACUGUUGUGCAUAUCAGCGCAUCAACCAACCGCUUGCUAGCAGCAGCUGAAUUGAUGGAACUGAGGAAGCCAUGCAUCGAUGGAACACUUCGAGAAUUCUCCCUGGCAGAGGUUGAACAUUACAAAGGCUCAGGCGAUCUGGACACCUUUUUGACAACAGCUGAGAAACAACGUAUCGUCUGCCACGAAAUUGAGAACAUCCGUGCAACUGAGGCAGAUACUCAAAUACCUGGCUACGAAAGUAAAUUAAAAGGUCUUUACCCUGGAGAAUCAAUUGUUGGUAGGAUGGUCCAUGACGGUCUCAUUGUGCAGCUUUUUCCCCUCCACGAGGAAGAAGAGCUAAAGUCACUCACCGAAGAAUGGUUUGGUAGCUGGAGGACCCUACUUCAUGUCAGACAGCCUGUGGAGAAAGUGAGAAAGUAUUUUGGAGAAACUUACGCAAUGUACUUUGCCUUCCUCGGCCAUUACACAAAGGCGCUGAUUCCACCGUCGAUGAUCAGCAUCUUCUACAUCAUCUUCACACUAGAUGGCGUCUUCAAGCAGACGUUCUUCUGCGUUUUCAAUCUGAUCUGGGUGACGCUAUUCCUCGAGAUGUGGAAACGGAACAGUGCCGAACAUGCCUAUACCUGGGGUACCCUCAAUACGAAGCUUACCGAGGAGCCGCGGGCCGCAUUCCAUGGGCGGAUGGGCGUUAACUUAAUCACAGGGAAACCGGAACCAAAAUACUCCAAGAAGAAACGUCUGCUGAAGUUCUACGGUGUCUCUCUCCCAUCGAUGAUUGCUGGACUCUUGUUUUGUUUCUUCAUGAUGAUGGUCUAUUUUUGGUUCCAAGACUUCACUGAGGCCAUCUAUCAGAAGGAUCCGUCAACGGCCAAUUCAAUCCUGAAUCUUAUGCCGAGUGUUGUGUAUGCUGUCAUGAUCGGCGUUGCUAAUGCUGUGUAUCGUCCCCUGGCCGUCAUGCUGAAUGAAUGGGAGAAUCACCGCCUCCAGUCUUCUUAUGAUAACCAUUUGAUUGUGAAGCUCCUCCUGUUUUACUCAGCCAACUGCUUCAUGUCACUUUUCUGGAUUGCCUUCGUGCGCCAAAACAUGGAAGAGCUCAGAAUGACUCUCAUGACAUUAUUGAUCAUCCAACAAUUGAUAGGACAGGUCAGGGAAUCGUUGAUUCCGUUCCUGACAAUCAAGUAUGGCGAGGAACUCAAGAAGACUGUCCAAGCAGGUUUGGGGGGAAUCAAGAGGUUAAACCCCAUGCGUUUGGGCAAGAAACUGCUGAGCUCAGAGACUGGCCAUCAGGCCGAUAUCGAGAGAAAAAUGGCCCCAUCUGAGGGUGUUCUUGACGAGUAUCUGGAGAUCUUCCUCCAGUUUGGCUAUGUGUUCUUGUUCUCCUCUGUCUUCCCUUCAGCCGCUAUUUGGGCAUUUAUCAACAACAUGAUGGAGAUCAGGACCGACGCUCUCAAAAUGUGCAAACUCUUCCAGCGGCCAUUUCCCCAACCGGCAGCUGGUAUCGGAGCAUGGCAGCUCGCCUUUGAACUGAUGGGUGUUCUUGCUGUUAUCACCAACUGUGCCUUACUAGGAUUGUCACCAUUUGCUCAGGCCUUAGUUCCAACAGUUGGACCAGUCAAACUUGUUCUCAUCAUUGUAGCAGUCGAGCAUGCUGUGAUGUUCUUCAAGUCGACCCUCGACUUUCUGAUUCCUGACGUACCAAAGUGGGUCCAGAUUGCCGUUGCAAAGCAGGAGUACCAAUCAAAACAGGCAUGGAGAAAACAGAAAUCCGAAGAGUUGAGGAAACUUCUCAAGUCAAGAGGUCGAAAGAUAUUGAAAGUAGAUGUUUAAAUGUCCGUGGUGGCAGUUCUGCUACUUGUCAUGUUGUUUCUUGCUGUAGGAUCAGAUCUUAGAAUGUUUAUUUAACAAGAAAAUUUAACAUAGUUAACGUAUAGCCUUUUGUAAUGGGUUGGUUAAGAAUUAAAGGGGACCUUAAGGAGGAGCUUGGGGGCCAAACUGGUGGUCUUUUGGUGACUGAUAUGCGUAGUAAGGGGGCUGGGUCGUGCGUAUUUGAGCAUUACAUGUAGAUAUUCCUGAUACAACCAUGAAUAGCUGCGAUAUACUGUGAGAUAGAUAGACCACUAUUGGCAACGUUUUGUAACUUAUUCUAACCUACCAUACUCCUGUCUCUAUACUCCCUUCAAGUGCUUGUUUAUUCAAGACAGUUGUUCAAUCUUGCUAUGGUAGUACAGUGUAGUUGCAGAUAACCAGAACAUUGGGUGAUAUGAAUAAAGACUAGCAAAUGCUUUUACUUCAAUUUUGUACAGAAAGGCCAAGUGUAAAUGUACAUGGAGUUUUAGAUAAAAGCAUUUACUACUCUUUAUUCAUAUCACCCAUUGUUGAGUUUCUGUGAGCGCUUUGAGCUAUUGAAAUAACUGGAUGCAGCAGCUAUCUUCGCUGAGGGAUUUUGAUCGGGUGACUGAAAUUUUGUAUUUGGUGACAGAUUAUGUGGGAUCUUCCCCUCUGGUUUUUGGCUCUUAUGUUUAUGCCUAUUCUUAUUAAAAUAGUAUUUGUACAUCUUUCAAAACAACGGCAACACAGUAAUGUAUAUGUGGUACGUAUAAACACAAUUAGAACAUUUCUAAUUGACAAAUUCCAAAUUUUUUACGAAUGGCGUUGGCCUAUGAAGCCAUUGUCAAUAACAAAUUGUAUGAUGUCGAAAUUAAUAAUCUAGUCACUGUAUUCAUAUCAGUUUGUUUUUUGAAGAAAAAAUUUUUUAGGUUCUUUGGGUUAUAAUCAUUGUUGUGAUAAAUAUACAAAUCCAUGAGGAAUUUUGGAAAGUGUAUUAAAAAUUGUUUGCCUUUUGAUCAAAAUAUUUCAGGCUUGUACCGGUUCAGUGUGUGGACUUGUUUAAUACACAUCAUUAAUGACUGCUAUUUCGGGUGUUGAUGCGACUGCUGGAUUUAGGUGUGUAGGCCUAUAUGCUAGCUUCAGUGAAACUAUGCUGAUGUGACUGCUGGAUUUAGGUGUGUAGGCCUAUAUGCUAGCUUCAGUGAAACUAUGCUGAUGCGACUGCUGGAUUUAGGUGUGUAGGCCUAUAUGCUGGCUCCAAUGAAACUAUGCUGAUGCGACUGCUGGAUUUAGGUGUGUAGGCCUAUAUGCUAGCUUCAGUGAAACUAUGCUGAUGCGACUGCUGGAUUUAGGUGUGUAGGCCUAUAUGCUGGCUUCAAUUAAACUAUGCUAUUGCAAAGUUCUCCUUAGUUUUCCAUGGUGAUAUUUUAUUGUUGAUUUGUAUUUUGACAGAUAGUAAAGUAUCUGUUGAUAAAGAUACUGAUAUCAGUACAAUUUUGAAUCAAACUGUAAAUCGUAAUAUUUUUGCAGGAAAUAAUCUCAAUAUGGAAAAAAACUUGCCAAAACAUAUUUUUGGUUGGAAAAAUUUAACAAAAGUUUGUUAUCUGCUAAAAUAAGUCAGUGAGUGUUUAAUUUUUCAGAAAUUUGCAAAAGUGACUACAAAAAUGUCUGGACUAAUAAAUGCAUUUCUCUAAUAAAUGACUAAUGUUCUAAUUGUGUUUAUACGUACCAAAUAUACAUUACUGUGUUGCCGUUGUUUUGAAAGAUGUUCAAUCUUGCUAUGGUAGUACAGUGUAGUUGCAGAUAACCAGAACAUUGGGUGAUAUGAAUAAAGACUAGCAAAUGCUUUUACUUCAAUUUUGUACAGAAAGGCCAAGUGUAAAUGUACAUGGAGUUUUAGAUAAAAGCAUUUACUACUCUUUAUUCAUAUCACCCAUUGUUGAGUUUCUGUGAGCGCUUUGAGCUAUUGAAAUAACUGGAUGCAGCAGCUAUCUUCGCUGAGGGAUUUUGAUCGGGUGACUGAAAUUUUGUAUUUGGUGACAGAUUAUGUGGGAUCUUCCCCUCUGGUUUUUGGCUCUUAUGUUUAUGCCUAUUCUUAUUAAAAUAGUAUUUGUACAUCUUUCAAAACAACGGCAACACAGUAAUGUAUAUUUGGUACGUAUAAACACAAUUAGAACAUUUCUAAUUGACAAAUUCCAAAUUUUUUACGAAUGGCGUUGGCCUAUGAAGCCAUUGUCAAUAACAAAUUGUAUGAUGUCGAAAUUAAUAAUCUAGUCACUGUAUUCAUAUCAGUUUGUUUUUUGAAGAAAAAAUUUUUUAGGUUCUUUGGGUUAUAAUCAUUGUUGUGAUAAAUAUACAAAUCCAUGAGGAAUUUUGGAAAGUGUAUUAAAAAUUGUUUGCCUUUUGAUCAAAAUAUUUCAGGCUUGUACCGGUUCAGUGUGUGGACUUGUUUAAUACACAUCAUUAAUGACUGCUAUUUCGGGUGUUGAUGCGACUGCUGGAUUUAGGUGUGUAGGCCUAUAUGCUAGCUUCAGUGAAACUAUGCUGAUGUGACUGCUGGAUUUAGGUGUGUAGGCCUAUAUGCUAGCUUCAGUGAAACUAUGCUGAUGCGACUGCUGGAUUUAGGUGUGUAGGCCUAUAUGCUGGCUCCAAUGAAACUAUGCUGAUGCGACUGCUGGAUUUAGGUGUGUAGGCCUAUAUGCUAGCUUCAGUGAAACUAUGCUGAUGCGACUGCUGGAUUUAGGUGUGUAGGCCUAUAUGCUGGCUUCAAUUAAACUAUGCUAUUGCAAAGUUCUCCUUAGUUUUCCAUGGUGAUAUUUUAUUGUUGAUUUGUAUUUUGACAGAUAGUAAAGUAUCUGUUGAUAAAGAUACUGAUAUCAGUACAAUUUUGAAUCAAACUGUAAAUCGUAAUAUUUUUGCAGGAAAUAAUCUCAAUAUGGAAAAAAACUUGCCAAAACAUAUUUUUGGUUGGAAAAAUUUAACAAAAGUUUGUUAUCUGCUAAAAUAAGUCAGUGAGUGUUUAAUUUUUCAGAAAUUUGCAAAAGUGCAAAAAAUAAGAUGGUGCGAAUAUUUUGUGGUUUGCAGUAUCGAAACCAUAUCUUGUUGUAACAAGCAGCUGAAAAUUUGCUACAAAGUCUGAAGUUUGCUCUUUUCACUUUUAUAAGCUGGGCACUUUUUGGUCUCCCUGUGUUUACAUAUCCAGGUUGCCUUGCGCAUUUAUUAGUCCAGACAUUUUUGUAGUCCUAGAAUUCACUAUUGUUGUUGGUGGUAGUCCUAGAUAUAGACAUUUUCAUGACAGUGAAGUUUAUCAUUGCACAAAAAUACAGACUGAACUCUAUUUUUGGGGGGUCGUUGGUAGCAACCCAACUUUUGAGGUGAAAUCUUUGGGACACAUAUGACAAUAUCACAAUAUAAUGUUUUGAAUUAUUUGAUAAAAUGGGUGUUCAAGUGUUGAUUUAACCAAGUUUUCAAUGAGACCGUCCUUUGUCCGGAUAACUCCUUUGGAAAGAUGUCCCACCAUCGACAGUCAGGGUAUCAUUCAAGGUUAUUUUUGUUCAUCAUACGUCCAGGCCCCAGUAUUGCCAAAAAGUCAUUAAAAAUCGGCUGAUUUGCCUUGAAACAGUUCAAACAUGGCACUGUACUUGGUAGUGUUUUGUCUCAUUGAAUUAGGAAUGGUACUGUAUUUUAUACAAGGCGCUAUCAGUCUCAAGCAUAAUUUUGUAUAAAUGUAGCGUAAAAGUUUACAAUGUUGAUAAUAAUAGUUGUGUUGUUGGUUUUUGGUUAACUUUGUAGAAUCUGUAGAGUUCUGGUGGACACAGCGUGGGAUGGGUGUCCAGCCAUUUAGUGCCUAUAAAACCUCACUAAUACCCUUUAAACAGUUGAAGAAGAUUAUGUUGUUGUUGAUACUGAUUUUUGUUUGAAACUUUACAAACAACUGCUGAAAUUAUGGGCGUUAAAUAACGUUGUUGUUUAGAUGUUUGUACGUCAAGGCCGUAUUGUUCUUUUGCUGCCUGGAUAAAAACUGAGUGAUAAUUUUAUUGUGAUAUGAAGUGUGGAACAAUCCAACUUACUGGAAAAGUUAAUUGGUGCUUGGUAAACUGGAAAUCGUCCUGUUAAGUCAUGAAAUGAACAUUGUGUGAACAAAUAUUUGUAAAAGAGUCUGUAAGAUUUUGUGAGCCUCCACAUGACAUAAAAAUGUCUUUGCUCUUUGUUUUGUUGAUAUUUUCCCUCCUGUUAAAUUCACAUGUACUGACUUUUUAAGCUUGACUGCUUAUCUGGAACCCUACCCUUUACAUCCUCACUCUCAUGCUUCUGUAGUUGUAUUUUGUAAUUUUUUGGGCGAGAGACUUAGCAAUCUCAAAAACUUGGCGGUCAAGAUGUAAUCUAUACUAUUUAAACCUCUUUCAGCUGAACAUGGUCCUAGUUGAUUGUUGACAAGUUGUACCACAGAAUAUUAUGGUGGAUCUUCACAACUGGCUUUGGCCUUAAUAAUGCAUAUUGAAAUUUCGUGAGCUUUGAUUUAUACAAAUUCGUACAAAUUCAUUCAAUUCGUACAAAUUUCAGAAGGUGUUCAGCUUCUAAGUGGGAUUAUUUUCUAUUAGAUGAGUUUACAAUGUUUUGAACCAUUUGCUGAGGAGCUAACUUGUAAAUUCAAGAUAACCAGUUUAAGUUAACCACAGUAACGUCAGGCUUAUAUUUUUGGUUUGGGUUCUAUCAGGAUUGUUGUCAAAUAUUUUCAAAAUAAAUAUUCAUUAUUAUUAACUUA